AUGGCGCAAGUCGUCAAGGCGUUGGGGGUGACCGAGGCCGCUGCGCUGUUGGUUGUGCCAAGGACGUGGCUCGAUGACAACGUCCGCCGAGUGACUUUCAUCCAAGUAUGCGUCGCAGGCGGUGCAUCUAUCCUAGACGUGGGCGUCGUCAGCCCGGUGAGGGUUGCGAUAGUCGUGUGGUUCCAUCUGCCUGUGGCCGUGGAUUGGAAAAUUGUUGUCAACCAUGUGGUGAGAGUCACCAAGGGCAAUGUGUCCUGGGUGGAAGUUUCGGAGCCGCCAGAGGCCGACAACCGUCCCCUGAAGCUGCUUGGGACAGCAUCACUCGGCGAAAGCAAAGUGCUUCGAGUUGCAGAGGAAAGUGGCCGAGACGAGAGAGUCAAUGUCUUGGAGGUCAAGAGGCUGCUCCAAGCGCUUUUGAACCGAGUGCUGUACCCGGGAGUCUGA